GCCCCAUGGUAUAUAAAGAUAUUAAUCAGGUGUUUUUCCAUGCUUUCAAUCACGUAUCUACCCAUCGCCGUCGACCAGUAAGAAGAAGAAGAACCCUAGAACCGGCAAUCAGAGUCCCGUUUUCGCUUCCCCCAGAUCCCUCUCCUUCGCGGCCGUCGUCCUCCCUUCAUCAAAUCCUCGUCCUCUCCGAAACAUUCGAACCUCCUCCUCCUCCUCCUCCGAUGGCGCUAAGAACGCACCCGCCUCUUCCCCUGAAUGCCCUGCCGCGACCCCCAACAGGACCACCCGGCCUCCACCCCCUCCGCCUCAACGCCCGCAGGUCCCUCCCCCUCUCCGCGCCGUGCAGGGGCGGCGGCAGGAGGAAGGAGGCCGGCGACGCCGAGCUCGCGUCCGCCCUGGCCGAGGAGUUGGCGAGGGCGCACGCCCAGGGGAAGCAGAGGGACGAGGCCCUGACGAAGGGCAGGGCCCUCCUGUUCUCCGAGCUCUGCGGCUACUUCGCCCUGCGGGAGGACGAGCUGAGGAGGAAGUGGGAGGGGAUGGAGGAUGGGGAGCGGCGGGGUCUGGCGACAGAGUUCGUGUCGAAUUGGAGCGCCGAUUUCCAUCCCCUGUCCGCGAGGUCCGUCGUGGAGAUGGUGGAGGAGCAUCUGCAGCAGCAUGGAAAGAAGCCGCCCUUCUCGAACGAUUCGGCGUUUUUUCCUGGCUUGAAGAGAUUGAUGGGUUUGGGCGAGAACAAGUGAAUGGUGUCUUGGGGUUGUGGUUUUGUUGGGUGGGGCUGUCCCUCUUGAAGAAGUGGAGUUUUGUUCGUUCGUUGAAUUCUGUGGAUUCGCAAUGGACAUCCGUCAAACGAACCAUACUUAAAUUCGGCAAUAAAACUUUUUUUUUUAUUGGGUUCCCUGCCUAUAGCGUUUGAUGGGUAUUGAAUAUGAAGCGAAAUGAGUCAAUUUAAACUGGUCAAAUCUUUAAUGAUCUCCCUGGGAUGUUUGAUUUGAGUGACUAAUAAAAGUAAAUCCUUUGACCUCUGCUUCAUGUCAUGUCUUGAUUAUCGACCCGACAACUCAUUCAACUUGAAGAAUACUUGUGGGAACGAGCGCAAAGAUUCUCAAAGGAGGAAUUCCGAGUUUAGCUGUUGUGGAAGUAAAGCUAACAUCGUGCUAAAGCAUAAUAGAACCAGGCAAAAAAGAUCUCCACCUCCUUGCUCUGUCAACUUCAGUCGUACUUUCCCUCUGUAAUUGGCCUUUUGGGUGGCUGGGUCUAAAUCUAUUGCGAAUUGGCUUCAAAGCUAUGUACUCCGGUGCCAACUUCUUGUUUUCUUGGUCAAUGCAGAUUGCCUGUACCGCAACGGUAAUUGCAGUCGUCUUCUCUGUUUAUUUCUUGAACGACUUCUGGCGGAGAAGAAGCGCACAAUCUGUUCGUAAAAAUGUCCCACAAGUCAAUAGCUACUUGCCUGUCUCGCUUGUCCAAGUAAAUAGCAGUUUGUGUGUUGCUGCUAUACCAGGAUAUGAUUAUGAGGUUUCUUGAGCUUUAUGGUAUCAGAUACUGACAAGGUCUUCACUGAAUUUCUCUAUGAUAGCCUUAUAGAUGCCGAUGUCAGGGCCUUUAAAGACAGUGAGGAAGCUCCGUUUAGGAGAAGAAAAUUGGCCCUGAUCUUUUAGAAGCCAUCAAGAACCCAAGGAUCUUCUUACCAAUUUUCUCUAAAGAGUAAAGAUUAUGCUUCUAGUAGAUGGUGCCUCAAGGAGCUGGCGCCCACGGUUAAAUGUAGGGAAGAAAGGAAACAUGUGAUCUUUUCAAUCUUCUGUUUCGACCCAUGAGUUCAGCAGCCAAAAGCCUUCUCUCGGCACGAGAAGCAUGAGGCCAUGCAAGGAUGGAGGGAUGCUCUUAAUGUGGAAGGAGCAUUGAAAGGAUGGGAAGCGGAGAACAUGGCUGAUGGGUAAUCUGUUAACUCAUGAGUUUGCGUGACUUUCUAUGUUGUGGAUUUCUAUUUUCUGGGUUUGUGAAUGCAUGCUUGGUUUGCUAGUAUGUAUCUGGAAAAGAGAUGACUGUUAUGGUAUAUUACUAAUCAAUGACUAUGGCAUGUCACUCUUAUAAAGUAUGAUUGUAACAUUUGCAUAUCGUAUCACUGGUGGUUUAUCACUGCUUUAACUACCGCCACUAGCCAGCCAAUCCAGCGGUGCUCUACUGCUAUUCCCUCUACAACCACCACCAAUCAGGUAAGACUACUGUUGCCAUGGUCGUGUACAACGAACUUCUUGAACCACGUGAGUACCAUAUCUUCGUCAAAGACAUCUGAGAGCCAAGGUCGUCCCGAGUUAGAUUUACCAUUUCCAUGCAUGCUCCCAUCGGCAAGGAGGAUAUACUGUCGCUGUUCAUCUGCUAUAGGCGACGAUCUCCUGAAUUUUGGCUUUUUUCUGAUUGUAUGUGUGAACCGGUCAUCUUGCAAUGUUUCCUAUGUCAUGCUGAGUGAAGCAGUUAUCUCCUUCAGCUGAAAGAACUUGGUGCAGUGUGUUUAUGGAGAUGAAGCAUGCUUGUAUUGUAGAUCUGUACUGAUAUUCCUGGUUCGGUUGUUAAAGCAGUUAAUUGAUGAACUUAUCAUGGCAACUUAA